AUGCGCUUCUUCAACAAGAAGCCCACCGGCGAGACGUCGACAACCGAGCCAGAAGUUCGCUCAGACGAGACCACUCCUGUGCAAAGCGGCGCACCAUCAGAAGUCAACGAGGAGAAGAACAAUGUUGAGACCACAGUCGACGCCCCCGAGUCAAGAACAUCCUCGCAACACGGCGACAUGACCGAGAAGCAGGCGGAGGUUGCAGCCGCAGAGAACCCAGCAGAGAAGAAGAUUGCAGAACUAGGCCCGGACGACGAAGAGGAGGACGAUGAGUCGAGAUAUCCGAAAUCCACCCAAUUCGCCCUCAUCUCUGUCGCCUUGUGCCUCUCGGUCUUCUGCAUGGCCCUCGACAACACCAUCAUCGCCACCGCUAUCCCGAAAAUCACAGACGAGUUCCGCGCGAUCAACGACGUGGGAUGGUAUGGAUCGGCGUACUUGCUCUGCACGUGUGCCUUCCAGCUGUUCUUCGGCAAGCUGUACACCUUCUUCUCGCUCAAAUGGAUCUACCUCACCGCCCUCGGGAUCUUCGAGAUUGGUAGUGCUGUCUGCGGUGCCGCCCCGAACUCGACUGCUUUCAUCAUCGGACGUGCGGUGGCGGGUUUGGGGUCGGCGGGUAUCUUCUCGGGUGCUAUCCUUAUUGUCGCCGAUACGAUUCCGCUGCGCAAGCGGCCGACGUAUAUGGGGUUGAUUGGUGGCAUGUAUGGGAUUGCGAGUGUUGCUGGUCCGCUGCUUGGAGGAGCAUUGACGGAUAAUGUUUCGUGGAGGUGGUGCUUCUACAUCAACCUCCCCAUCGGAGCGGUCACCUGCCUCUUCAUCGUCUUCUUCUACAAGCCCACAGCAGCAGCCCGAGCUCAGAAGUUGAACGAAGGCUGGAAAGCACGUCUUGAACAAUUCGACAUAUAUGGCACGCUUGUCUUCCUUCCCAUGGUCGUCUGCCUACUUCUCGCUCUGCAGUGGGGCGGCAGCACAUACGAAUGGAGCAACGGCCGCAUCAUCGCGCUCUUCGUCGUCUUCGGUCUGCUAGCAAUCGUCUUCGGCGGCAUCCAGCUUUGGAAGAAGGACAACGCCACCGUGCCCCCACGAAUCAUCAGACAGCGCAGCAUCUGGUCCGGCGCCUGCUUCGCUGCCUGCAUCGGCGCAUCCUUCUUCGUCUUCGUUUACUACAUCCCCAUCUGGUUCCAAGCCAUCAAAGGCGUCUCCGCCGUUCGCUCGGGCAUCAUGAACAUCCCCAUGGUGCUCGCCCUCGUCGUCGUCUCCAUGAUCGGCGGCAUCGCCGUCACCGUCCUCGGCUACUACACCCCCUUCGUCUACGCCUCGUCCAUCUUCAUGUCGAUCGGCGCGGGUUUACUCUCCACCUUCGACCGCGACACCGCAAGCCCAAAGUGGAUCGGCUACCAAAUCAUCUUCGGCGCUGGGGUGGGCUUCGGCAUGCAGCAAUCACUCGUCAUGGCCCAGACGGUGCUGCCGAAACGCGACGUCCCCAUCGGCACGGCGAUGAUGAUGUUCUCCCAGACCCUGGGCGGCGCCAUUUUCGUGUCUGUGGGCCAGAACGUAUUCACGAACCAGCUGCUCAAGAACCUCAAGGACGCCGUGCCGGGGCUGAACCCGGCUGUUGUGCUCGCGACCGGGGCGACGAGUCUGAAGGACGCGAUUGAUCCGAAGUUCUUGCCCGCGGUGCAGGAGGCGUAUAACACGGCGAUUAUUAAUUGCUUUUAUGUCGGAGUGGCGGUGGCGGUGUUGAGUGGGGUGUUCGCGGCGCUUUGGGAGUGGAAGAGUGUUAAGGGAAAGAAGAUUGAGAUGGCUGCUGCGUGA